AUGAACUCUUCAGACCAGAACGCCCAAGAAGAGAAUAUGGAAGUGGAUGAUGCCUUCAUGUUUGAGGACAAGGUCCUCAAACUGCAGAACAUGAUCCAAGAGUACAUUACCGAAGUAGCAACUUCGGUAGAGUACUUGCAGACCAAUAGCAUUCCUAUCGCCCUGAAGGGCGAGAAGUCUAUGGCUGAUUCGACCUUUGAAGCAGACCGUAAACGUCUCGAGCAAGGGGAAGAAGACAUGAACACGAAGAAACUAGAUGAUAAGAUUGAAGAGUUCUCAACUAAAUUGACUAAUCAGUUUGGCAACAUUUUUCAAGAGAUUAAAGGCAUGCCUGAACUGACUUCUUCAGACGAGACUGAAGCUGAAAUAGUUAAGAGACUCCAGAGUUUAAACGCUGAUAAUGAGGAAAGCGUCAAGCAGUUAGAAGAAGUGAAAGAGAACUGAGAUAAGAUCAAGACAUAUAUCGAAGACAACUAUAAGCUAUAAUGAGCGCCAAUAAUAAGUGAAAUAGUUAGACAGAC